AUGAGUUGCUGUCGUAGUUGCGUUUUUAUCUGCUGGGCUCCGUUCCAUGCUCAAAGACUUAUGACACUGUACGUUACUAAUUGGAAUGCACGGCUGUUAGAAAUACAGGGACAUCUGUUUUAUCUUUCAGGAAUUCUUUACUUCUUCAGUUCCACCGUGAAUCCAAUACUGUACAAUGUGAUGUCAAGAAAGUUCAGGAGAGCCUUCAAGCGAACUCUCUGCAGAUGUUUUGUUGGCGCAAAUAAUCUUCCAUCUUUUUAUAUGCUAAAGGCCAAGUUCAUCAAUCACGAUUUAAAUGUACCCCAUUCUCGAGAGAGCGAUAUUCCAAACAUGUCUGACAAUAAGGAUUUUCGGAUUGUUACGUAUUACAACAACGAUAAGCGAGAAUCAUCUAAAUAUAACCACUCCGGAGACAAAUGCUCCACUAAAGAGACGCUGAUUAACAAGACAAGUGAAAGCACAUCAGGCAAGUCACACGCACAUUCUGACAGCGACCUGCACGCCUUGUGUCGGCACAAGAGGUGCUCCGAUAGACGUCACAGUGCGCUAAAUCGACGUAGAAAUGGAUUGGUCAAUUCAUUUCAUGAUAUCGACGAUUUACGUAAAGAGCAUACGUUAUUUGAUUACCAAACUGCUGCUAAAUUGAGACUACUUGAAGCUGAACCGCUAACACAUUCAUGGCAAUCAACGGUUUAGAUACACGACAAACAGUAAUGCACACUCUGUAUGUAAUAGAAGUGUUCAUAGUGUGCGUUAUAAGGUUGUGUAAUAAUGUUAUCGGACAUUAUUGAGAAAAUCUACGUAUUGAAUGCAUAAGAAUAUAUGUAUUGCCUAGUUUGAACACAAAUAAAUAGGACAAUGCUUACAAUUCAUAUAUUUGAUAACAAUUUAUUAAUAAAACACGAGAAGGGAAUUCCAAGCAAAUGCUCGUUCAGAAUCAAACGGAUGAACAAAAGUACAUGUAUGUACGCGAACAAUUUUACAGAACUGAUUAAGGACGGCAUCUUUCCGCAAUACAAUAUCUGAAUACGGAGAUCUUAUAAUAAAUAAAUUGCAUGUAAUGCACACUUGACAGUUAGUUAUGACG